CUGGACGUUACUUUCAGGCCGAGGUUUUUAGUUUUAUUUUUCUAGGAUUCUCGCAGAGCUGGAUGAAUUAUUUUUUCUUGGAAUUAUAGAAGUUAACUCUAUUCUUGAAUAUUAACAUAUAAACUGUGAAUUUCAUGCCAUAUGAUAAGUUCUGAGUUUAACUUACGGUAUUUAUGACCAUAUUCAUACAAUAAUUUAUAAUAAUCUAAUUACAUAUAUUCAUUUUGACUAUACGAUCAAACUAUACUCUGGCACUUUGAAACCAUAUAUAAUCAUAUUUGACGAAGAGUUGUAUUUCAUAUCUGUAUUCUAUUUCUUAAUGAAUAUAUGGUUAUAUCGUAUUUGAAUACUUUAACCCACGUACUUUAUGUAUCUACAGGAUCUAUUCAAACCUCUACCUAAUAUCAAGAAAUAUAUAUAACCGUGUAUGUUAAAGGACUGUAUUCACUAUUUUAUGAACUAUCAUUUAAAUCGUAUUUGGAUACUAUAAAUCAUUUAAUUUUCGAAGCUACCUGUCCAACUCGGUAAGUCUGUCAUAGUUUUUUUUUGACAGUAUUUUUUUUUCAAAAAAGCUGUUUCAUAUAUUUGUUCAAGAAGCAACAUAAUAAUCUUAGACGGUAAUAAUCUUCUAAACUACUUGUCUCUGCACCUCCCAAUUUUCACUAAUACGGACUUUCAGUUUAUAUAUGUAUCACGUACCGUACUUUUUUGAUUGUUUGUUACUAAUUAUUGACAUUUCUAAAUUACUUUACCAUAUAAGGCUAUCUUUCAUGUCAUAUGUGUUAAAAUUUAUACAACUUGCUCCUUUAUAUUCUAUCUUGCCUCCACACAGAUACUGACAUAAAUACAUCAUCUCCACUACUAUCUUCCUGCCAUUGUCAUCUGUUUUUAACACCACUAAUCCUCACGAUACAUUGACCCUUGGUUAAAACAUAGAUUUUGAUUUUUAGACUAACUUGAGCCCUCGGAAUUGAUUUUUUUCACCCCUUUCUAUUUCCAACAUUCUGUUCAAUCCACUUGCUACACGUCACUUUCUUAUCAUGCCACAAAAGAAAAUGAAGACCCCUGCUUCUAGGCGUCCAGCCAAACGUAGGAAAACGACACAAUUUAACACCACUACUGACACGAUUUCCAACAGUUUCAACGAGACGAGCCACUCCGUUCAUCUGGAAGCAGACAAGCUUUUACCAGUUGUCUCCAUUCCAGACAUGUUGAAAACUCUGAUGGUAAACAGUGAUGAUAAUCGCAACUGCAACCAUAUGGAUGCUAUAAAAAAGUUGCAAGUAGACAUGAACAUUCUCAACCCGCUUAAAUAUCUCAUCAACCCCAACCUCACAGAGACUCCAGAUCAAAUGAAUGACAUAAAUAUUUUCCUAGAUCGUGUUGCAUCAGAAGUAUUUGAAAGAAUAAGACGAUCUAGUAAUGCAAUUGUGUUUAAUAUACCGGAUACACAUGCCCUUAAAAAUAUCAAAUCUAGUCUGCUUAGAGCCAGCAAUAUGACACACGUACCAUGUGUAUGCACAAGAUUAAAAAGAAGUCAUCCUGGUAUGCACUCACCGAUCUUGUUCAAAUUCAACUCAUCUGUAGACGCCAGUGAAUUUUUAAAUUCCUCCAAUUCAUUGAGACAAAAACAGAUUUUCAAGGAUAUUAAGACUCUUCCGGAUAAAACACCAUGCCAGCGAAAAGCAGGAAGAGAUAACUACCGACCACCAGCGUCAAACUCUCAAACGCAUCGUAAUCCUAAUGGUCGUAAAGUUAAGUCCGAUUCUAAGGGGACGUCUAGCUUAACAAUUUUGCCGUCACCGAAAAACUCUUCUGAAUCUCCUGAAGUUCAAAACCCAGAAGAAAGUAAUCCCGAUGUAGGUGGUGUCCAUCCUCUUGAGAAUGUUGACUUAGAUUCAACCCGAAGUAGUUGUGCUGAUAAAGAAUGGGAUAACACAACCCAAACCCCUGUUAGUGCAACACCCAGUUACAGUAACUGUGCAACGGAUAACAGGAAAACUAAUCAUAACAUCCAUAUAACUGACCACGCACUUAACGUUGAUAUAUUCGAACCUCGCAAACCAUCGCAAGUAUGUUUAACAGUACACAAUCCCCUCCAACAUAUGAAGAAGGCGAAAUCAACCACAACCCUUGGAAAUAAACGUCUUAAACACGUUACCCAUACGUCAGGUAUAAAUAGUUAUCUGAAUUGUAAUUGGCCACUUGGUCAAAACCAUAGACCUGAUAGCCUUCUUGGUCCGGCUCCCAAUAUGUACACUAUGCCCUUAUCAGAUGUUAGAUCCAACAGCAAUGAGAAAACUUUUUUUGUAAUUCCGCCGGCUUUCCUGCCGGCAACGGUAAACAUAUUUCACAUGAUAACAAAGUGGUUGAAUCUAUUUCCCCUCGCAACACAACUCUCACCUUAGCUAAUCCUAUGAGUAUUCAUGGAACUACCAAUUGCGAUUUAUACUCCAACCUGCUUCACUAUGAUGACUCUGAGUUUCUUAUUCUUUCGUUCAAUGCCCGCUCUCUGUCUAAUAAAAUUAUUCAUCUUAAAACUCUUUUAUUCCUUGUAAAUCCAACCAUUGUACUUAUUACGGAAACGUGGUGUAAUUCAUCUAUAUCCGAUCAUUCCUUGAAUGUAGAUAACUACGUUUUCUUUAGAACCGAUAGAUGUUAUGGAAUAGGAGGCGGUACAAUUAUCUAUGUUCGUUCAGACAUUCAAGCGUGCAAAUUUGAGGACAAAUCCCUUGAUGCUAUAGAAGACUCCACUUGGGUUACUGUAAACUGUGGAUCCCAAAAUUAUUUACUGGUGGGAUGCAUAUACAGACCACCUCAUGCGGAUACUAAG